AGAAGAAGCGCGAGACUGUGCGCGCUACCUAGGAAAGCUGCGAAGGACCGUGAAGUUGUUGUCUCGGGAGGGAGCGAAGGGAGGAAAAAAACAUAUCAAUUAUGUUCAAGCUGGGAAUUGGAAUUAAAUAACCGAUUAUAAUUAUGUCGAGUAUCUUAUCGGCUGGACCGAACGGUACUUUAUUUGCCGUAUUUUUGUUUGCUUAGAACAGGCACAGAAGAGAGUACCGAGUUGGGCUUGGGGCCGAAAAACGGGCUGCUCAUAUUGUCGGCUGGAGUUGGGGGGCCGCGUUCUUCGCUUCAUGGCCACCUAGUCUGUUAGUUGAACGAAACUGAGAAAACGGGCAUAAGCUGUUCCGUAUACCUUCAGAGGUUGCCGUUUCUAUAAGGUUGGACGCUGGUUCGUCUAACGUACCGAAAGAACCAGAGGCGUCAGUGGAUGUGGUGGCCGCCUUAUUCUUGUGCGAAGUUAAGGCAUUUUCAUUCGUUUUUAAUAUCUGGGCGAUCGUCGAACUUGUCUAAAAGUUAUGUUGUCUUUUGUUUACGGAGAAUGUGUUUAUAGUUGACCCGUGAUGAGAGAGAAAAUAUCCUACAUUAUUAAGUGUACUUGUGUGAAGUGUAUGGCUAAAUUUCUUUAAGGCGAUGGAAAUAACCACGCUGGAAGUAAAAUCUAACUGAUUAUUUUUUGAGAUUUUUUUUAUAUACUACGAGACUGGAAAUUUAAACUUGCAUAAAAAUAUAUUUCCAAGUCAAUCAAGAUGUCAUUUUUUAAUUUCCGAAAAAUUUUUAAAUUGGGAGGUGAAAAGAAAAAAAAGCAGUACGAUCAUGUCAACAGAGAUGUCAAUCCAGAGGAGUUCUGGGAGAUUAUUGGCGAGCUGGGAGACGGUGCCUUUGGCAAAGUGUACAAGGCCCAAAAUAAACAGAAUGGAAUAUUGGCUGCUGCUAAGGUGAUUGACACAAAGACAGAAGAGGAACUUGAAGAUUAUAUGGUGGAGAUUGACAUUUUGGCAUCCUGUGACCACCCUCAUAUAGUUAAACUGCUGGAUGCUUUUUAUUAUGAAAGUAAGCUCUGGAUAUUAAUUGAAUUUUGUGCUGGAGGAGCUGUGGAUGCAGUCAUGUUAGAACUAGAGAGACCUUUGACAGAACCACAAAUACGUGUGGUUUGUAAACAGACGCUUGACGCACUCACUUACUUGCAUGAAAAUAAAGUCAUCCACAGAGACCUGAAAGCAGGAAACAUUCUUCUUACAUUAGACGGUGAUAUUAAACUUGCGGACUUUGGUGUCUCUGCCAAGAAUACUCGAACCCUCCAACGAAGACAUUCGUUUAUAGGAACUCCAUACUGGAUGGCACCAGAAGUAGUCAUGUGUGAAACGUCUAAAGACAGGCCUUAUGAUUAUAAGGCCGAUGUUUGGUCCUUAGGAAUCACAUUAAUUGAAAUGGCACAAAUAGAACCACCACAUCAUGAGCUAAACCCCAUGAGAGUGUUGUUGAAAAUUGCUAAAGCAGAGCCUCCUACAUUAGCGCAACCUUCAAAAUGGUCUACAGAUUUUAAUGACUUCCUUAGAAAAGCUCUAGACAAGAGUUUGGAUAAUAGAUGGACCAUUCCCCAACUUUUACAGCAUCCAUUUGUGACAAGUGUGACUGACAACAAGCCUCUUAGGGAGCUUAUUGCUGAAGCUAAGGCAGAGGUAACAGAAGAAAUUGAAGAGGCAAAAGAUGAUGAAGAAGAGGAGGAACCAGAGGCACAGCUGCUUGUUCCUGGACACCAGCGUGCUUCUUCAGAUGCCAGUAUUGCAAGCUCAGAGGAUGAUAAAUUGUCCCAGUCUACUUCUAUUAUGGAGUCUGUUUCUGAGAGACUUGAGCCAGAAAAUGUGGAGGACAAAGCCAGUGACAAACUAUCUGAUGAGGGUAUUGGAACAAGUGAAGCUGACAAGAUGGAGAAUGAAAAACUAAUUGAGAACAACAUUUUAGACACUAGUAAUGAAGAUAUUGGCAGUGGUGAAGAUAUUCUAAUGGAAACUGAAGAGCAUUCACCUGAAGAAGGAAAAGUACAGACAAUUUCUGACCUUCCAGUUGUUUGCAUUGAGGAAAAAACAAAUGAGACAAAUGUUACCAUCAUUGCAGUUGAUGAUGAAAUGAGCAGUGAGACAAAGGAAAAGAGUGAUGAAAUCCUGGAACAGAAAAUGUUACCAGAAAUUAACAUAAAUGAAGUUUCUGAAGGGGAAAUAAAGGAAAAUAAACAUGAGUUGACUAUGGAAGAUGAUUCACUUGAAGUUUCUGAACCGGGUAAAGUGGAAACUAAAGAUGAAGUGACUAUGAAUGAAAAAUCACUUCUAGUUUCUAAACAGGAUAAUGAGUCUCCUGAAGAGGAUACCAGAAACCCUACUCAUGAAGAACAAAAGCCAGAAUUCAAAAAAGAAAGUGAUGUUGAACAUGAGGUUGAAAAUUGUGACAAAGAUUUAAGUCAAAGCAUACAUUUGCAGGAACAAAUCUUUACAGAUAAGCAAGAAACUGAAUCUUCACACAAUGAAGACAAUGCAGUUAAUAAUAAAACAAUAGACACAUCUGAGACCAAUGUACCUGUUCUAAAGGUAACUGAAGAGUCCUCAAAAGAAGAUGAAAGUGCAGUUUCACUAAAUGAAACUGAACAUGUAGAACUGCCUAUAAAUUCCACCGUUCAUGAGUUAAAUGAAAAUGGAGGAGACCAAAGCAAAGGAAGAGCUGAGGAAGUUAUUGUACCUGUUGGGAAGGAAAUGAACAAAGUAGCAAAUCAAAACGACGAGACUGAGUCUGACAAAACAAAGGAUAAAGAGAAAGACUCAGAUUCAGGGAGCAGCUGCCCUACAGAUAAUAAUAGCAUUGAUCUGAAUUUAUCUAUUUCUAGUUUCCUAACCAAAAAUAAAGACCCCGGUUCAGUGUCAUUUCAGGAUACCAGAAGGCAAAAGAAAACUUUGAAGAAAACAAGAAAAUUUAUUGUCGAUGGGGUAGAAGUUAGUGUGACAACUUCAAAAAUUGUUACUGAUAAUGAUACUAAAAAUGAAGAAAUGAGAUUUCUAAGACGUCAAGAACUUAGAGAGCUGAGGUUACUUCAGAAGGAGGAGCAACGAGCACAGCAGCAGCUGAGCACUAAACUUCAGCAGCAACGUGAACAAAUUUUCCGUCGUUUUGAACAAGAAAUGACUAGUAAAAAACGCCAGUAUGAUCAGGAGAUUGAAAAUCUAGAAAAACAACAAAAACAAAAAAUUGAGCGACGAGAGCAGGAACACACAAAUCACCUACGAGAUGAGGCAAAACGCAUAAAAGCAGAGCAAGAGAAGGAGUUGUCUAAGUUCCAGAACAUGCUGAAGAACCGUAAAAAGGAGGUAAAAAUUGAAGUGGAAAAAUCUCCCAAAGAGCAAAGAAAAGAGCUUGCAAAGCGUAUGAAAGAGGAACUUGCCCAAAUACAUCAUGAUCAGGAACAAGAAUUUUUACAAAAGCAGCAGCAGGAGUUAGAUGGGGCAUUGAAAGUAAUCAUCCAGCAGCACAAGCUUGAGGUUGCAAGCAUUGAACGAGACUGCCUGAAUCAGAAACAACAACUUAUGCGAGCACGAGAAGCUGCAAUAUGGGAACUAGAAGAACGCCACUUACAAGAGAAACAUCAGCUUUUGAAACAGCAGUUAAAAGAUCAGUACUUCAUGCAGAGGCAUCAGCUCCUUAAAAGGCAUGAAAAGGAAAUGGAGCAGAUGCAGAGGUAUAAUCAAAGACUGAUUGAAGAGCUGAAAAACAGGCAAACACAAGAAAGGGGCCGACUGCCAAAAAUACAACGAAGUGAAGCAAAAACCCGCAUGGCCAUGUUUAAAAAGAGUCUUCGUAUCACGUCAUCUGGAUCACCAGAUCAGGACAGGGAAAAAAUCAAACGGUUUGCUGUCCAAGAAGAUAAAAGACAAAAGAAUGAAAGACUGCAGCAGCAUCAGAAACAUGAGAACCAAAUGAGAGACCUCCAGCUCCAGUGUGACGCUAACAUUCGAGAGCUGCAGCAGCUUCAGAAUGAAAAGUGCCAUUUGUUAAUUGAGCAUGAGACACAGAAGUUGAAGGAACUGGAUGAAGAGCACAGCAUGGAGCUGAAGGACUGGAGGGAGAAACUACGCCCAAGGAAAAAGGCUUUAGAAGAAGAAUUUGCAAGAAAACUCCAGGAGCAGGAAGUGUUUUUCAAAAUGAGUGGAGAAUCUGAAUGCCUUAACCCCUCUGCACAAAGUCGAAUUUCCAAAUUCUACCCUGUACCGAGUCUGCAGUCAACAGGUUCCUAAUCAGAUGAAAGUGCUGACAUAUUCAUGAAGUUAUCGUGAGAGUACUCAGUUUAAUUUACUAUCGUUUUAUAUUACUAUGAGAGAAAAAAAAAAUCAGUGUAUGUUUUUUUUUAAACGUUGGACAAUUAGGUAUUAACCAUAAAGUUGUCAUUGCUGUAUCAAACCAUGUAAGAUUCAGUGGAUAUUUUGUAAUCUUCCUUUAUUUUUGCAUUAUAUAAAGAACGGAUGAAGUGUACAACACCCUUUUAUUCUUCCACAGAUGACUCAGGUAUUAAGCCUGCUACAGAACUGAAUUUUAAUCAAAUUAUAUAAUUGUAGGUGCUUUCCUUUCUGAAAAUAUCAAAAAAGUGCCUGUUACGUCAGAUCCACUAAACAGUUUAUUUUUUAGUACUCUUUAUUUUUCAAGUUGCUGCUGACAUUUCCCAGAUGUCUUUGCACUAAAUGUAUUUUGGGAUUUGUGAGAAGAUUCGUUGAUAUUUAUAAUACUAAAAUUUGUAGCCUUUUACAAGCAUUCCACCUCACAAAACUUUAGUGGAUUGUACUUUUGAAAUAUUUGGAUUGCACAUUUAUAAAUUAUUUCUUAUUGCAGUACAGAUUUUUCCUUUUCUGAAAUACCUUGUAAAGUAUGUUCAAUACACUAUCGCUUUUUAAAAUGAAAUGUAAGACACUCCUGAUGUGCAUGAAGAACGUGCAGCUGCUGGCGCUGGCCUGUGCUUGCUGCGCACGGGUAUUCAGUGUUAAUCUUUGCUCCCUGUAGAUCGUCUGGUGCAUUUGGAUGAAAUUACAUUGUUAUGUUUUUGCUCAAAAGGGAACACAUUUCUUAAAUCUUUAAUUUGAUGACAAAUUUAACUUAUUAGUUUCAGAACAAAUAAACGGAAUAAGUAAAUAAAAGUGAAAUUAAAAUGUGCGGUGUAGAGCUGGGCCCAGACUAUUUAAUGAAUGUAAGCUCUAUGUCACGUUUGGCACUGUUACAUUUUGAAAGUUUUGCCAUUUUAUUAUUUGUGAUUGUGGGCUAUUUAUUCUAAUCCAUAAACGCCUCGGCUGAUUUAAGUGAAUGCUGGUCUUGAACAUGCUGCACAAAUACAAAUCACUUUUUUUUGUUUGUAUGUUUGUUUUUACGACUCCUCAAACUCGGCUUGCAGGCCCCCUGGUGUUACUAGCGGCGGGCAGCGGGCUGUUUUGAGGGGUUGGGGUAUACCUUGGACUUCAGAGGUAGGAGGAUAAGCGUAGGACGACUCUGCUCUGGUAUAACUGCUGUGUAACUAGUUCAUAGCCUUAAUCUUACAAUAAACUAAUUGACAUGAUUUUAUAUCCAAUAUAAAUUUACAUUGUUAUGUUUUUGCUUUUAAAAAAAAAACUGAUCAGCUUCUACUGCAGUUAGGUUAUUGAGUUAUUUUCUUUGCCUUUUUUUUUUUAUUAUACAAUAAUGCAAAUUGCUGAUGCAUAUUUAGACAAGCUGCAUUUGGGUUAAACACAAUUCAUUGAUUAGGUUGGCCAGUGGCACGUUUCUGGGUGUUGUGGGGUAUUAUAUGUCAAAAAAUGCACUAAAAGUUAUAGCUAACGCUUAAUCACUUUAAUAUUUCAUAUUUAUGUACAAAAUGAUCACGUAUGUUCUAUAAAAUCAUUUAUCAUGAAAGAGACACCGUUUUCUCAUUGCUUUAAUCCAGACUACUUCUGAGUAAUACAAGAACUUUUGUUUUGUCAUAUUUUAAAACUCCACAGAUAAUUCUUCAGUUAAUGUAGAUCUGGUUAGUCAAACAAACAGAUCUUGAAUUUAAUAUUUCUGUAUGAAAUCAGAAUUAAGAGGUUGAUUCUGUAGACUUGGUUCUGCUGUAAAUAAAAUGUUUAAGUAUUUAAUGAUGCAUUAUAUCAGGUAUAGACUAAUGAACAAAUUGUUAAUAAAAAUGAUAACCUGCUGUUUA